UUGUGUCUCUUCAGUAUUCUGGUUCAUUUCCUCAGGUUGCUAUGGUACAUUUUCUAUUCACCUCAGAUAACAGAGCGGCUCUUAUCUUUCUUUCUUGGGUGUGGAGGCGGAGAGGGAGCAGCAGAAAACGCGUGCUUUAUUAAUGUGUCAUUGAACCAUUUUCCACUGUGACAGAUUAAACAUCUACUGCGUUGCUGCUGCUGUUCUCUGUGACUCCCACUCAAACGUAGAAAUGUGGAAGUUUGUAAUCCAUUAAAGGACAUAAAAUAUUGGACCAAUAAAACUUUGCAGUAGAGACCACACGCUUACUCUAUGUAAACAAACACAUAUGUCUUUAUCAAACAGACCAAAACCACAUGAGUACGUCAAGAAACACACGUCAUUACCAAACAAGGCGUCCCUCCAGCUACCUUCGUUUCCCCGGUUCCUCCAUCGCGGCUCUUUCACUCAGCUGACGGGGCAUGAAAAUUAAAAUAUGAUAACGAAAAGUAACCUAACCCUAAAUUUAACUUACUGAAGCGGUGGCGUAGUGGAUAAGGUGGUGAGCGUGGGAUCGGGUUGACGUCCACGCGUAGGUUCGAAUCCCACCACGUAUCACCUUGAUACUUUGCCAUAUGUCGAGUGGUUUAAAGUUACCCGCAUGUCACAAUGUUAACCAGGAUCUAGGUGGUUACACCAAAAGAUGCGUUUGGGUGGUGAUAUGGGCCCUAAUAUGGGUACCACUAUAAAUAAAGUGACCAGCGCCACUAAUGGAUGGAAGCUUAACAUCACUUCCAAUACUCUUUAAGUUACCUACAGGUGCUAUAGGCCAGGACAUAGAAAAAAAAAAAACCUAACCACGCUAUCGGUAAGAAGGGUUCUUAGGAAGACGCAUCCGUGUGUUUCACCUCAACUAGGUUAGGUUAAAGUUAAAAUUAGGUUAGAUUGAUGUUAGUAUAAAGUUAGUUUAGGUUAGGUUUAGGGUUAGGUUAAUUUUGGUUUUAAAAUUUUUAUUCCUGUGUCCCAUCAGCUGAGUGAAAGAGAUGCAAAGGAGAAGCCAGGAAACAAGGACACCUGGAGGGAUGUCUUUAUUAGGAUAGUGCCACCACAACCUCAUAAGUACUUCAAGAAAAACACACAUCUUUUAUCAAACAAGUCAGAACCUCAGAAUUACGUGCAGAAACUGGUUUUUUGGUGUGUGUCACUUCCGCAUAACAACCAUGGUGGAGGUGCAGCUGUGGGUGCGACCCGAGGUGAUGGAGCUUGGUGUGCUCCCCAUCCUACCCCCAGAUAAGGUUUCCUUAGAGAUGUUGUCCCGUCUGCUGCAAUAUGCACAUGACCUGGGGGAACGUGGAUUUCCACAAAUGAACUACGACACCUGGAAGCACAUAGCUGUGAAGAAGAUGGGAUUGAGUGUGGAGUGCAGCAUGGUGGUCUUCUUCUCCUGCCUCCUAUUCUCCAAACUGUGCCCAGGGCGGGACCAUGAAUUGGAGGCUGCUCUUGCUUCUGCUACCUCACAGAAGGAAAGAGAUCGAGUUAUGGGGAGUGUGGAGGUGUGGACCAUGGAGCUGAUUGUGCUGCUUUACCUCCACCGGGUGACCAGUGCACACCCGAGAGUCGUUGCCAGACAAGCCUCCCUCCACACCCUUACCACUGACCCGUGGCCCAAUAACAAUACCUCAGGCUCAUCAACCAGGAAGCAGCUACUGGAGGAGAAGCAUGGAGUAUUUGUGCGUGAGGCUUUACCAGAACUGCUGAGUUUACUGGCUGGGCAUCUUCAAGUGGAGGACACAGAAAAGAGAAAGAGCUCAGCAGACCGACGUACUGCCAGGGAACUUUUGGGCUUCAUGAAAACAGCUGGAGUACUGUCAGUGGAUGUGGUCAGGUCUCUUUCCUUCAUAAUCGGAGCAUCAGUUCCAGGUGAAAAAAGUGAACGAGAUCUCUUGUCUAUGGCAAUGGACGCUAACAAUUGUUACAGAUCUGGCUACCUUAGUAAAAAAAAUGCAUUCCAAAAGGGAUUGUUUGAGCAAUGGCUGCUUCAGGGGCUAGACUGGGCACCCCAUGGAGAAUGGCUGUGUGUGAGGCGUGGAUGUCGGCAGCCUUGGCCUGUCGUGUCCUUAACACCUCAGUCCCACCACCGCCUUGUGGCCUCUCCUAAUGCCAGCCUCCGUAUGGUGUACAUUUGUGACAUGAUGGAAGGCCUCACUGCAUACAUGGGAGAUGAAUCACUGCCUUUCGACCUCAAGGUGCGGCGAUGUUCUAAGUCAAAUAUUUACAUUCUGCAACCCAUCAGAAAUGCAGUAAUCCACAAGUGCCAUGAGACACGGGUAGUACUGGGGCCAGUGAUGGGUCGGCUACGUCUCAGUGAAUGCCGCAACACUGUGAUUGUAUGUGCAGCUCGGUCUGUGGUGGUGGCAGACUGCAGGGGGUUGGUGGUGCAUACACUAACCCCACAGAGACCUCUUCUGGUAGGAAGCCGCACCCAAGGGGUAACACUGGCUCCCCUCAACAUCCAUUACCCAAAGCUGAAGCAUCAUAUGGCCAAGGCACAACUUCAGUCACAUAUCAACAUGUGGAACAGACCUCUUCAUCUUGGUAUUGAGGGAGUGUUGAGUGGUGCAUGUGAGGUCAUGAAUCCUGAAGAUUUCCAGCUGUUGGUCAUUCCAUUCACUCAAACUCAUCCAAUAGAUGGAAGGCCUCCUUUGCUUCCUCCUGGUCUUCCACAUGAGUUUGCCAAGAGUGUUGAGGAAGCAGGGAAGUAUGUGUCCAGUUUCCGAGCUGAGGUGCGAGAUGCAGACCUCUCUCCAGAUCAACGAGCAGUGUUGCAGAAGGCAAUUGAUGCCAAGUUCAAGUCUUGGCUGAGAGAAACUGGGAAACAACGGGAGCUUGAUCAGCUGGAGAAGUUAGCAGUCACACUGAAGUAUGAGAGAGUGGCUAAGACAACAGCCAUAUGAAAGAGACAAGUAGGUUUAUGGACAGCUCUCAAGACUCCUUGAAGCAUCAGUUGCCAAGCACCAAAUGAGUACCAGUCAAGAUUUCUCUUUUGUGGGAAUAUAUGAAAUUAUCAUUUUAUGCUACAUUUCCAUGAUAUCAUCAAGCAAUUAUUUCUGAAAGGUAUAAAUCCUGGUUAGGUUUUUAUGUGCAUACAUGAAUAAUAUUUAUAUCAAUACAGUGGAGACUCAAUACUCGAAAGACUAAAUAGUCGAACUUUUCAAUAGUUGAACGCAAAAGUUCGACUUAAUACUCAAAAAAAUAUGUUACUGGAACAUCCGUCCACGUGGCUGUAAACAAAGUAUCUUUAUCUUACUGCCGCCCCACGUGCCCCACCGGCUGGCCACUGCAGCCAGUUGAUCUUCCACGGUCAGACAUUGUCCUGCGCUUUCUCUCUGGAUUAUUAUUAUUUUUUUUUUUUAAUUAUUAUUUUUUGUUUUCUUCCAUUUAGAAGCUUACAAUGGCACCGAAGAGGCUUGUUAGUGGUGAGAAUAAGCCUACAA